AUGAGGCCAAACCUUGAAGCUCUAUUUUUUCUCCUUAGUUUGUCCACCAUUACCAUUUCAUUCAAAGUAAGCUAUGGCAUUAAUAUCUGUCCGGAAAUCGAAAAAGAAGCACUUUUAAACUUCAAAAAAUAUUUGAAAGAUCCCUCCAAUCUACUGUCUUCCUGGAAUUCUGCUCAUGUGAAUUGUUGCAACUGGAAUGGCGUCGUCUGCAGCAACAAAACCGGCCGUGUUCAUCAACUCCGUCUUCAAAAUUACGACGGUUUUCAAGAAUUAGGCGGCAAAUUAAACCCUUCUUUGCUCAACUUGAAGCAUUUGAAAUAUCUUGACCUGAGCCAAAAUGACUUUGAAGAAACAAUACCUUCCUUCAUUGGCUCACUCACACGCCUCGAGUAUUUGGAUUUAUCCAAUGCUGGAUUUUACGGGACGAUUCCCCACAGUAUCGGAAAUCUUUCGAAUUUACGCACUUUAAAUUUGGAAGGCAACAGCUAUCGAAGCGGACUGGAUGGCGACAGCAUUGAAUGGCUUUCGGGACUUUCGCAACUGGAGCAGCUCAACAUGAAUUACGUCAACCUCAGCAAACAAGACAACUGGUUACAGGUGAUCAACACACUUCCUUCUUUGGUCGAACUACGUUUCGGUUAUUGCAGUCUUAGUUUCGUAGCUCCCCUGAAAAACAUCAAUAAUAAUCUUAGUGCUUCUCUAGCCAUCCUUGAUCUCUCUUAUAAUAAGUUCCGAUCUUUCGCCAUACCGAGUUGGAUUUUCCGACUCGCAAGCCUCACUUUUCUUGAUCUAAGUGGCAACUCUUUCGAAGGUCCGAUUCCGAAUAUUUCCAACACCACCAAAAUCCAACACAUUGAUAUCUCCGAUAAUAAAUUGAACUCUGCCAUUCCCGAUUGGCUCUACACGUGUAAGGAUCUUGAGUUUGUAUAUUUCAGUUCCAGUUCUUUACACGGCACAAUUUCCGAGGGAAUAGCAAAUUUAACAUCUCUCAAGACCCUGUCUCUGUCUUGGAAUGAGCUUUCGGGCGAAAUACCAAGCGAAAUUGCUAGCUUAUGCAAAUUGCAAAAUUUGGACUUGUCCGUAAAUAAGUUGGUCGGAAACAUAUCGGAUUCGUUUGGAAAUAUGUCGGAUUGCUUCUUAGGAGCUUUAGAGUCACUAGAUCUCUCCGAGAAUCAACUCUCCGGUCAUCCAACUCAUCAAAUUGGAGAAUUUAAGAGUCUUAAAACGAUUCGUCUUUCCGGAAACUCGUUGUAUGGUCCAAUUCCAGUCAACCUAGGAAAUCUCUUGUCUUUGGAAACAUUAAACAUGGCUAGUAACAAGUUGACUGGAAAUCUUCCGGAGAGUUUGGGGCAACUUUUUAACUUGAAAUUUCUUCAUGUUGAAGACAACAAGUUGGAAGGUGUUGUGAGUGAAAUCCACUUUGCCAAUCUCACAAACUUAAUGGAUUUAUAUGCCUCUGGUAAUAACUUCACUCUCAAAGUAAGCCCAAAUUGGAUUCCACCCUUCAGUCUAACUAGUCUUGGACUCGGAUCGUGGAACUUGGGCUUUGGCUCUACGAUUCCUCAAUGGCUCGAUUCGCAGAAGAAUGUUUGGGAGCUCGAUUUAUCUAGUACUGGAAUCUCCGGUGAAGUGCCUAGCUGGAUGUGGGAGAUUCAGUAUUUGAACCUCUCACACAACCAUCUCCAUGGCAAGAUUCCAGAUAUAAUUAAUAGCGAUUUAAUGUGCUUGAGUUCCAACAAAUUCAGCGGUCCGUUGCCUCGAGUAGGAAGUGAUGUCAGCGAUCUCGAUCUCUCUAACAACUCGUUUUCGGGGGAUAUAUCUCAGUUCCUCUGUGGCAUUGCAAAUGAAACGACUUAUAGUUUGGAUGUUCUUAAGCUAGAGGGGAAUCGGUUGACUGGAGAAAUACCAGAUUGUUGGAAUAAAUGGUCGGCGAUUAGAGUGUUGAAUUUAGGCGAUAACGACAUGUUUGGGAGCAUUCCGAAUUCGAUAGGAUUUCUUACGAAUAUGUUGUCUUUGAAUCUACAAAACAACAAGUUUUCUGGUCAUAUACCUUUUUCGUUGCGUAACUGCACGAAAUUGGUCAACGUUGACCUUGCUGGUAACGAACUUGAUGGAAAAAUGCCGGCAUGGAUCGGAACAAGGCUACUAAAUUUGAGGUUUCUCGUUUUGCGUGCGAACAAGUUGAGUGGUGAAAUUUCUCCGGAUAUAUGCAACCUAAACUCUCUCCAAAUACUGGAUCUUUCGAACAACGGAAUUUCUGGGAUAAUACCACGGUGUGUCGAUAAUUUUACUGCAAUGGCCACAAAAAGAAGUUUCAGUAAUCAAUACGGCGGAGUGGUGUAUACUUAUUACGGCACAGGGGUUUUUGCAGAGAGUGUAUCAGUCGCCACUAAAGGAAGUGAAUCGCACUACGAUACCAUUCUUCCAUUGGUCACGAACAUUGACUUUUCGAAUAAUAAUUUGUCUGGAGAUAUUCCAAAGCAGUUGACAAGUCUAGUUGAAUUGAGAUCACUCAACUUGUCAGGGAAUCAUCUGACAGGGUUGAUUCCUAGUAACAUUGGAGGCAUGAAGCAACUUGAAUCUCUCGAUCUGUCGAGCAACUCUUUGUCCGGUGAAAUGCCGAAUAGCUUCAGAGUAAUGUCUUCUUUGAAUUAUCUGAACGUGUCGUACAAUAAAUUAAUUGGGAAAAUACCAGAAAGCACACAACUCAGGGGAUUUGAUAGUUCGAGCUUUAUCGGUAACGAUCUUUGUGGGCCUCCAUUGACAAGCAAUUGCAUCAGCUCUGGUGGACCAAAGAACGAACAUGAUAAUGGGAGUGAUGAUCAUGAACCUUCUUCUUCAGAGAUAGAAUGGUUUUAUGUGUUUGUGUCUUCGGGAUAUGCUGUCGGACUUUCAAUUUUCUGCACUACGCUGAUUUUGAAGAAGUCGUGGAGGGAAGCAUAUUUCGAGUUUAUGGAAGAGAUGUGGAACAGAGUUUAUGUGUAUUUCUACAUUAAGUGGAGGAAGCUCACAAGAACCUCAGUUUGAGGUGUCUGGCACUAUGGAUUAGGAUAUUACCUCUGUUGCUUUAUUUCAAUUUUAAUAAUAUGUACUCUGAGAAGUUGCAUUUUAGAAGCUUAAUGAAAGUUUUGUUUUA